UUUUACUACGAGCCAUUUAUUCUUUUGUGUCCGCGCGACCAACUACUUUCCCCCCUCUCAAUUUUUCUUUUUUCUGUUCCUUUCCUCAAUUUUCAAUUUUUGUACUUUUUUUUUGUUCAUGCUCUAACGUUCUGUCCCCGUUGUAUUUUGUGUGUAUUUUUUUAUUUUCUAAUAAGUGAAAGCAAAAAAGUGGGGAAGAAAAAAUUGAAGCCAACAUUAAUAAAAGCUCUAAAUAGUGGUCAGAGAACAUAAAUCUUGUGGUCAAUUUUUUUUCCUCUUUUUUAAUGUUAGAAAUGGGGGAGAGUUGUAAAAAUGUUUUUUUCACUCAUUUUAAAAUUUUACUAAUUUUUAAAAAAAAUUAAUUUCAGUCGAAUUUUACAACAUUUGAUAUUUUCUUCAUCAAAAAUACUAAACAUUAUCCUUCUUCGGAUAUUAUUUUAUUUUAUUGGUGGGAACAACAACAAUUCUCUAAAUUAAAUGGAUACUAGUGUAAAUAUUCCAUCAACAACAACUUCUGUUGGAGGUGGUUUGUCAUCAGCAACAGGAGUUGCAACAACAACAACCUCCACAGCUUUUGAAGAUUCUUUAAAUGAUAUUAAAGUUUCUAUUAAAACAUCUCCAGUACCCAAUGAAGAAAUUGCUGAUGAAGUAAAAGUAUUUCGUUCAAAUCCUGAUGUAAAUGAUGAUGAUCCAACUGAAAUUGCUGGAAGUUCUGCUGAUUUAGCUGAAGAUAAAAAUGAAUUGGCAUUUGAAGCAGAUAUUGAAUCGCAGACUGAUUAUAAUUUACAACAACAAGUCAAUCCGAUAUAUAAUCCUUCUCAAAUGCCGUGGCCUAUUUUGCAGAAUUUUCAGAAUUGGUUUACACUUCAAGCACUUAUUUCACCUGUAUAUUCUAAUCAACAAAAAAUUGCUGCAAUGGCACAUGCAGCAGCCCAAGCAGCAUAUGUUGCCAAUGUUGCCAGUGCUGCUCAAUAUAUUGCUAGGCAUUCACCAAAUUUUGCGAAUCUUGGACCGCAGUUUGGAGCUCCAUUUGAACGUCCUCCAACUUUUUCUAUGGGUGGUCAAACUCCUAACAAUAAUUCUAAUCGAAAUGGUUAUUCAAUUCAACAACAUAUGGCAAGUCCAAUGUCUUCACUUGGUGGUGUUUUGGGUGGUAUUUCUCUUUCUACUGAUAGAGGAGAAGUUAACAAUUCUGCCUCUUCUCGUAAACAUAGUUUGGAACAACAACAAAGACACCAUCAACAACAUUCGAAUAAUGGACGUUUUUCAAUAAAUACACCAUUAAAAGUCCCAAAACGUGAAAAACUUGAACACAAAAUUAAAGAAAAAAAUUAUCACAACAAUGGGAAAAGUUCAACUACUAAUAGUGAUGGAAAACAUGAACAUAUUAAGAAGCCAAUGAAUGCUUUUAUGUUGUACGGUUUUUAUUUUUUUAAUAUUUUAAAUAGAGGGGAAUGGAUGAGUUUUUAG